UUUUUCUCCUUGGUCUGGCUAAACUCAGACCUGUGAGUUCGGUACUGCAAAGUUCAUAGUUCUUAAUGUUCCUUUACUGUUUCUUUUCGUUCUGUAGUGUUUGAUUGAGUGGUAGCGGUAUGGAGGAUGUGGCAAGUGGUCAAAGAGGGGUGGAGAAGAAGACACGUAAAAGAAUGAAAGACGUUCGCAAGAUGAUUCUAAAACAGAUGGAAUUCUACUUCAGUGACUCAAAUCUUCACAAAGAUCGCUUUAUUAAGAAGGAAAUGGAAAAAUCAAAGGAGGGCUAUGUUGAUUUAUCAAUUUUCCUGAACUUUAACCGAAUAAAGGCACUAACACAGGAUGUCAAAGUUCUUGCACGGGCACUGGCAAAAUCGACCUUUUUGCAGGUUGGUGAAGAUAACAACACUGUACGGAGAACUACACCAUUAAAAGACCCAAAGAACACUGACAGGAGAACAGUAUACAUUGAGUGUCUUCCUCGUACUGCAACCCACGAGUGGGUACAGAAAACAUUUUCCCAGUGUGGUGAGGUGGCGUACGUCAGUCUACCGCGCUAUCACACCACAGGUGAUCUCAAGGGUUUUGGCUUUGUCGAGUUUCUCACUGACGACGGUGCUGAUAAAGCUUGUGAGCUGCUUAACAACCCUCCUCCCGACUCGACUGCCAGGGCUGGCAAGUUUCCCAAGUCAAACAAGACAUUAAAUAGCUUGCAGAAAAAGACUGGCAUGCAAGUUGAUGUUGAGGAUGUGAAGGUAGAGGUCAGCACAGAUGAUGGUGUACCCAGUAAAGCCUGUAAGAAACACAGAAAACGCCGGCGCUGCGCCAGUGAGAGUAGCGUAGACUUUGUUAAAGAAGGUUUGCAGAUCUUAAAAAAGAGAAAGAUAGACUCUCCAGAAGUUAAGUCAGUUAAAACAGAGUUAGGAUAUGAAGCACCCACAGGGUGUGAUAUUUAUAUUAAACAGGAAUACGACUCUCAAGAUGAUGAUGUGAAAACUUCAGCUGAUCAGACACGAGAUGAUGAGGACAAGAAAGAAGUUAAAAGGAAAAAGAGGAAACGGCAGAGAUUGUCAGACACUUCAAAAUCACAAGAUGAAGAUUUGCCUACGGCAGAGUUCACUUUGGGAACAGUGAAAAAAGAGAAAGUUUAUGACAGUGACGACAAAACUGUGAAAAAAGAGAAAGUUUAUGACAGUAAUGACAAAACUGUGAAAAAAGAGAAAGUUUAUGACAGUAAUGACAAAACUGUGAAAAAAGAGAAAGUUUAUGACAGUAAUGACAAAACUGUGAAAAAAGAGAAAGUUAAUGACAGUAACGACAAAACUGUGAAAAAAGAGAAAGUUAAUGACAGUGACGACAAAACUAAUGAAAGUGGAAAGGGUUCAGGUUCUGAGCAGGACGGUGAGAAGAAAGGGAGUAAAAAGAGAAAGACUUCUAACGGUGACAUCAGUGUGGAGACAUUACCUUCAAAAGCAGAACACACUCCAGCUAAACAAGGAACACGGUUAUCCGAGAAGAAAGACGUGUCCGAUUCUAGUGUAAGCCAGUCCAAGAUGGUUUCUAUAGAUACAAGUGCAAAUGUCGAGAUUUCCGGACAGGUGCCAAAUGUACGACCACACAAGAAAGAAAAACGCAGACGGAAAAAGAAGCACAAAGAAAAAGAUGUUUCUCUGCCACAGCUUCGAGUGAUUCCAAAAAAAGAAUGGCUUUCUUUGCGGAAAGAGUACCUUUCUCUGCAGAAACAAAGUAUGGCUAUGCUGAAACAGAAACUUAAAGAAAUUAAAACUGACCAUAAACCUGAUGGGACUGGAAGUGUCAAAAAGAAUCAAGCUGUAAAUGAUAAAUCAGAAAUGAGAGCAGUUAAAAGCAUUAAGAAGAUAGAGUUUCAACCAGGUGUAAUUAUCCAGGUUAGCACCAAAGAAGCAACAAACAGAAAAAAGGUCAAGGACCAGCUUGCUCCAGACAUCCAAGUUGCGUACAUCGAUGUGCUAGACGGUGCUGUGGAUGGGUACAUCAGGUGUGAAAACCACCAGAGUGCCAACAGAUUGGCCAACAUAAAGAAUGCAGAAUAUAACUUCACUUUGCUGUCUGGUGACAAAGAAACAGCUUACUGGUCCAAACUGACAUCUGACCAAGAAGCAAAACUAAACACGAAAAACAGAUCAAAGAAGAGAGGAGUGCAAAAGCUGAUCGACAAAGCACAUAAGCACAACUCUGAAACAAUGGAGAGAAAACACAUCAUGUUUGAAGACUAAGAGAAUAGAGAUAAUAAAAUACACGUCAAAAAAGUCAAUAACUGAAGAUGUCAACAGCCUUCCAUUCUGCAGUUUGUCUGUGUUUAUUGAUUGACAUUACAUGUAGUGCUGAUAGAUGUUGCAUUUGUUUACUUCUGUGUCAAGUUUUCACAUUUAAAACUGUUAGUCACAGACCAAUGAAACCAUUGUUAUGUAUGUGGAUUUUAAUCUCAAGGCAUGUUCAUAAAUAUGAAAUUAAUGACUUCCACGAUUUUACAUUAUGAAUAAAAAAGGUAAAGUAAU